AUGAAAAUUGAUCCGUCAACACCAUUUACUAACAUUGGUGGUAUGAGUCAUAUUAAAGGAGAAGAAGAAGAAAUUCUCUUCUCUAUGCACUUCAUUUUUUGUAUUGAACCAAUGCAACACAUCGAUGGAAAUGAUCGUCUUUGGCAAGUUGAUUUACCACUGGCCAGUGACAAUGAUCUAGAAAUCCAUGCACUUACUGAACAAAUCGCUUACAGAGACCUAUUCUCAGAAAAAAAGAUGGGAUCGUUUAGGUAA